CAUUCCUACGCAAGCUGUAACUAAAAACAACAUGGCGGCUUUUGGUAUCCAACCAUUGUAAACAAUGUUUCUCGCAUCCGAUAAUGGACUUGACAAGGGCCGCUAUGUAGCAUAGAGCGUUUUAGACUAUGAAAGACAAGUGACCUUUAAACUAUUAUUCACAAAAAUAUUUUGGAAAUGGAUAGUAGACUUAUUGCUGGAGCUUAUUCAACGGCGUAUCCUUUAACUUCUUUUAAUUUUUAAUUUAAUUUACUUAUGACUUAGACUUAGACUAGUCACUAGUCUUUUGCCUUUGCUUUUACUUUUUAAAAUAAUAAAUAUAAAUAAUUUUAAUUUACGCCUAUAUUGCCUAUAUAUUAAUUUAAAAAAAUAAACUUAGACAUGUUAAAAUAAACUUAGACAUGUUAAAAUAGGUAAUCUACCACCUGAGUUUCGUUUUUGAAAAAAAUCCUGUUAUUAUUAUUAUUAUUAUUAGUGAAAGUGACCUUACAUAGUGCUGUACAUAAAAAUAUUAGCAAACACAAUCAUGAAAUUACAAAAUAACAUACAUUUAUUUAAUAAAAAAACAGCUAUAUAACAACAAAACAAAAACAAAUGUAUAUUCACACCACCCACCUCAGAACUUUUACAUGUCAAGACAUGGAUAGCAACCAGCAGCAUCUUUUAUUGGCUAUUGGGGGGGAAUCAUUCGGGAUAGUAGAGUUUAGAGAGAUGUGUUUUAAGUGCAGUUUUGAAGGCCUGUAUGGUCGGUAUAUUGCGGAUGCUUAUUGGGAGAGAUUUCCAUUGUUUAGGGUCGCAGAAAGAGAAAGAUCGUUCACUAUAUGUUUUAGUGCGUGUUCUGGGAACUGAAGGAAUACCUGUAUUUGCAGAGGAAUGAAGGUUUCGAAGAGGUGAAUAGACAGUAGUAAGAAGUUCAGUAAGAUAGGACAAACACAUCACAUAGAAUGUUGAAAAACAUGUGGAUGCGCGCAAACUGUAAAGACAGUUUCAGUUUGGAACAAGCCGUGAUCUUUUCCCUUCCAAUUUGUAUGUGUUCAUGUUCCGCAAACAUGGAGAUGAUACUUUCUUAAAAACUGCGUUGUUUGCUUGGGGGAAAAUUAUGCAUAAUCUAAAUAGUCUUUUCAUACAUUAAAUUAUAUUGUUUUAUUUGUUUAUAUUUUAAAAAUGCUGUCUUCGAUUAUUUAUAUAUGUGCUGUAAUGAAUAUUUAAAUGUCAUAAAAAACUUUCCAUUAUUUUGGAUCAAUAAAAGAAUUUUAUCUCAUCAAUGAAAAAAAUACCUCUUAAACAGCACUUCAAACUGUAACUUUGUAAUUACAGGUAUUUUUCAUAACCGACACUCAAGUGAUAGACUAUCUUAAAAUAGUCUACAUAAUUAUUUUGUUAUGUUAUAUUUUAACAUAGUAUAGUUUGUACUAGGCUCUAGAUAUUUUUUUAAUUAAUGUUUUUUUAAGUAAAGUUAAUUUUGACUAUAAAUUUCAGAUACAAAUUAAGAAUGACUUAAUAUUAUAAAAAAUAAGAGUGAUAAAUGAUCAAGCUAUUUAUUUUUAACAUUUUGAAUUCUACUUUUCUUUACCCUGCAUCAAGCCUGCAUAGCAAUUUAACUUUGUUCACUUGUUUGAAAUAUAAAAACCCAAAUCAUUUUAAUUAAAGGAAAUGCUCUCCAAGUAUGAUAGUUUCAUUUUUCAAUUUCAUACCCAUCCACUUAAAGAUUUCAAAGUUGAAUGUUGCUGCAAUUUUUCAUCCUUAACAAUUUGAAAGUACUACAUUUCAUACCAUGGAGCUAGAACAAUUAAGUGAAAGUAACAGAUUCGACUCCAUUGCAAGAGCAAGGAAAUUAUCACAAGAUACAAACAAAAGAAGGAAGUAUGUACAAAAGAAUAGCUCAAGAAGAUUCUUGAUCCUCAAAAAGCAAGCACACUAAAUUGUAUCCUCCACACCCAAUAUGCUACACUUAGUAAACUUUUAGGGAGCAAUUGCUUUUAAAUAAGAAAUUUUGAAACAUGUGUAAAUUAUAGUGACAUUAUUCAGCAAGUUAACCAAAAAAAAAAAAAAGCCUUCAUUGAAUCUCGUAUAUUCAAUUAAUGUAAAUCUUUAUCUUGUUCAUAACCCUGAUUUAAACUUAGUAAACUUUUAGGGAGCAAUUGCUUUUAAAUAAGAAAUUUUAAAAAAUGUGUAAAUUAUAGUGACAUUAUUCAGCAAGUUAACCAAAAAAAAAAAAAAGCCUUCAUUGAAUCUCGUAUAUUCAAUUAAUGUAAAUCUUUAUCUUGUUCAUAACCCUGAUUUAGUAAAUAAAGUUUUGUUCAAGAACUUAAAGGUUUGGCCUCUAGCAACAUUAAAUUAUUUAAUUUUUUUUUUAAUGUUCCUGGGUAAUCAACAAAUAGCUAAAUGGAGAAUUAUAAGUUCUCAUUUUGUAAGAUGCAAUUUGCUAUAAAGUUGCAUACUUACUAAACAUAUUAUUUUUUCCUACUUUUUCUUUUAAAAAGAGUUCAAGCACAUAAAAGAAAACUUGAGGCAAAAAGAGAAGAGAGGCGAAGGCAAGAAAUUCUAACAAAGAGAAGGGAGGAACAAAAGUUAGCUACAGAAAAAUAUCAAAGAUCUCAUAUCCCACCUAGUGCUAGACAAGGAAGUGGAAGGUACAGUCCAAGGAGGCAAGGCCCAGCUUUAGAUGAUGCAUUAUGUCUCAUCAGAGGCAACCAGCAUGAUGACCGGCCUAGAUCUGGAAGAGAUAGAAUGCUUUCACCUCGAGAUGAAAACCAUGACCCUAUGGAGAGGUCUUAUUUUGAAAAUGUGUGGCACCAUCCAGUUUUAUCUCCACCAAGUAGGUCCACCCACCCAAAGGACCCCAGUGUCAGAGCUGAAUUGAUGGAUUCUAGUAUGCAGAAUUUUACCAGCAGCAAGACUUUGUUUGAACAGCAGCUGGAGCAGCAGCAAAAUUUGUUACUUGAGAAGCAGCAAACUGCUCUCAGGGAAUUUGACAGAGCCAUACGGAAGGAAAUUGACAAAGACGAGACGACUCUUGGGAUAAUCCAUGAUGGUAAUAACCAAACAAUACCUACUGAUGAUGACAAUGAAAGCUGCUCUAGUCUAGACAGUCUAGAGGGGUUUAAAGAAGGAAUGACAGAACUAAAGGGAAGGAGUAACAUGACAAUACAAACAGGGGACAGACUUUCCAAGGGUGAUCAAAGUGGGUCUACAGAGUUUCACUUUCAGCCAGAGCAAAUGUAUACAGCCAGCCAAUCUUCAUUUUUCACUGAUGCAUAUAGACAAACUUCAGAUUUAAAUAAUUUACCAGUGUAUGACGCCAUGAUGAACAAGAGCGAAACUAACAAAUCUGGACCUUUAGCAACUGCUAAUUUUGCACAGCAUCCGAGGCCAAAAAAUGAACUGUCCUAUGUUGGAGUGACAAGAAAAAACAUUUUGAAAGAUCGAAACAACAAGGAAGAAUAUCAUGUUGAUCAGACAUUGCAUGCCCCACCUGGUGUGCAGGCCUCUCCACUCAAACAGUUUUCUACUGACUCACUGGAAUCGGUGAGCACAAUAAGCAGUCCAUCCUUGUCGAGCGCAAAUGGUGCCACCUAUGGGAUGUCUCCAGAGGACGAAAUGCUUCAGGCGAAACUGAACACCGGUUACAGACUACAGCAACAGAACAGAAUGGAAAAUAAUCUUGUGUGGGUGUCUCCUCCACAUUCUGACUACUCAACCAAACAGUCAACUGUCACCUCUGACGGGGGCAGCUUCCAGCCCCGAUAUUCUUCUCUGAUCGGGUCAUCUCUCUUGCCAGGUCCAAGUCCUCAGAGUCAACCAUCAUAUUUCUUAAAUAACACAAACCAGUUCACAAGCAACAGAAGCAACACUUCAGAAACAUUUUCCCCUGUCAAAAUAGCUCCAACAGUUGACAUCUCCGUUAAUUCAAAUCUUCAAAACAACUCUUCUCUGAAAUCUGUCAAUGCCAUAGGUGCAAAACCAUCAACACAAGGACCUUCAUUAAAUAACAGCAACAGCAUCAAUGAGCUUGCUCCUGUUAGUAAACAAGGGGCUCAGUAUUUUCAGGCCACUGAUCAACAAAAUUUUCCUACGCACCAAUCGUCUCUUCCGAAACAAAUCCAGGCUUCAACAGGCAACAUGCAGCCAGCCAAUGUGAUAAAAAACCCAGCAAUGAAAUCUGAUGUUGACAACACCCAGAAUGCACUUGUAUAUGAAAAUAAAAACACAACCAGUUGGAUUCAAGGAAAAAGUUCCCAUCAACACAUUGACCAGAACACGUCUGUGCAAACACACUUAAGUGGACCCCUGUCACAGGAAAUCAUUACAGCACCUGCCCCCAGUCUGAGGUCAAAUAACCUGUCAUAUGUCAAAAGUGAUUUGUUAUUGAAAGGACUCACAGAAAAUGUGCUGCUCGGUAUGCCCUCCAAUUCGGCAGGUGCAGGAAAUAUUAUGGAAAACAAAAAUGAGCCCACAUUUGAUGCCAGGGUCAACAUGGCAAGGGAGCACAGAGGAAGAGCAGGAGAAGAGAGAGGAAAUGAUGAGCCUCUGGAAGUCAGGCCAGUGAGGGGCAUCCUAAAGCAAUCACCAGUCAACUAUCAACUUGAAGCUGGGGAAUGUCAUGAUUUGCCAGAAAGGCAGCACCCUAGAGACAGUUUGGAGAUAACUCGUUUACAAACACAAAAGAAGGUACUGGAAUUUGAUAAAGAGCUUUUUCCACCUUAAUUCCCCAAUUUAUUUAUUAUUACUUAAUAAAUCGUGAUCUCAGUUAACAAUCAAGAGCUUGUUGGAGAAUAUUUAGUGGUUUUAUUAUGGAUGGGAAAUUGCUUAGUUGUUUUAUCAUGGAUUGGAGAAUGCAUUACUUCAAUGAUAAGCUGUUUCAUCAGCAUACUUGGCCAUAGGGUGAUAGAUGCAGCUGAAUUUUGCAGCAGUUUAUAAUCUAUAUUUGGGGAUUGUUAUUGAAAUGUUUAGGUCAGAGAGUAUGAUUAUUAUAUGGCAGAGAUUGAAAUAUACUUUUUAAUGAAUGCUUUUCUUUACAGGCAAACAAGAAAAGUGUGAGAUUUGCAGAUCACAGACUUGAGGAAACUGAAUAUGAUUCAAAUGGACCAGAAAUGUUGAUAAAUUCAGGGGGUUAUUUAAACAGUAAGUUAUGAAAAAACAAAAAUUUGAAACAUUUUGAGCUAUUACUAUACUUUUUAUAGCAACUCAAUGUACGGACAAUCCAAUUGUUUCAUAAUUAAUUUCUUGAAAUCUUUAUAAAAUUCAAAAAGUGCUUUCAUGUUACCAUUCGUGAAAAUAAUGAAACCACAAGACACUGUAAAACCUUACAUAUUCAUUGAAAAUAUACAACAUUACGAGAAUAUCCUUAAUAUGGAGCAGGAAAGACAACAUUUAUAAAUUCCAAUUUUUAAUCUUAACACCAGCUAUUGUUUAACAAAAAAAAAAUGUAAUUAUGUCAAGUAAAAUGAAUUAUGAAGGCAUGUAAAGAAAUAUGGUGGUACUUUAAAUCUAACCACCAACCCCAAACCCCCCUCCCCCCCCCCCAAUAUAUUUUAUUACUGAAACUUUGUUUCUCGCUCCCAGAAACAAUGCCCACAAGACCAUUUUCAGCUAAAGUAUUCUCUGGUGCGCUGAAAACUGAAAAUGUGGUGAAAGUCCAAAGGGCUGCCAGUGCUGGGGUCACCAGACCAUCCCUGGACGACUCAUCAGCUCAAAUUCAAAUCAGGAACGUUCAACAAAUGUAUACAGGCUCUCCCCCAUUUAACCCACAUGAGAAUACAAACACCAAUAGCUUCAACUCAAGAUCGAACCUGCCUCCUUCCUUCACCACCCCUCUCAACACCACUCUUCCCGCCAAUAAUCGUCCACGGGCGGCAGCCCAUAUUAUCAUGAGCUCUGAGGUGCACCCACCGGUGAAAAGUACCGCUAACGAACACGAAAAUGGCUUCGUGCCACUGAACCCUGCGUCCGUAGGAUCCACAGCUCACAAGUCGCAACUGGAGAUGAAGGUCAAGGCCAUCAAUAACAAUUUCAUGACCAAGGUUCCUGUCAAAAUACCCAACACCACAAAUAUAAAUGUCUACCAUGCUGCUUAUUCGGGGAAGGAGCUGGAUCAGAACAGCACCAAAAGCAAUCAGGGGAAUCAAAAUUCAGCAGAAGGAAACAGCCAAAUUUUGCAAAAAGAGGAGCAGCAGCAGCAGAACUAUGAUAGAUCUCGAAUCCGAGACACCACGGCAAGGAGGGUGGCCAUUUCCAACCAGACAGUUACUCAGACCAGUAUUGUUCCAGCAUCAACCAAAAUGACCUACCCACAAUCCAAUUCUGCAGUCCCCUCCUAUUCAAAUGUCACAAAUAAUGCCCCAGCUCAGGUCUAUGAUGAAAAUGGCUUGAGGAUCGAUCGCACUCCCACUGAUGAGGAAAUCACAUGGCUGUGGGACAAAGUGAGGAAUUGUCUGCAGAGAGAGGAUAGUAGCAGCAAGAGCCAAAUAACAGGACCUAGUACGGAAUCCAUGCACAGACCACCCCCGUAUCUGUCCACUAAGUUGAUAGAUGGCGCAUCACUUGGUAAGCAUUUCAUAAGCUAAAUAAAAUUGCUAUGCGUGGUUGGGCUCUUUAACACCCCAUGCCGCAAGAUUUCUUUAUUAGACCACUACUGUUGUGUGAUCCCCGCUUUACAGCAGAAAAUGUUUUAUCGCAGGGUUUGGCACAUCACCUGGUAUGAAUGGAAUAAGAAGUGGUUCUGGGUUCUUCCAUCCUCAUUCAAGCCCUAGUGUCAACACACAGAACAAGGCGAAACCUGUGCCGCUACAGCAAGGAAGCUAUCUGAAAAGGUUUGGACAGCUCUAUGAGCAAUAAGAAGUAUUGAACAUACUCCUGCCAUGUUAAGAAUCAUCGUUAAAAUUCGGCAUCAAUAUUUUUUGUCAUGAUAAUUUAUUUGGACAUUUACCAUAUGUUGCACCAAUUGGGUCCAGUACAAUUGAGCUCGGUAUACCAACUUUUGUUCACUGUUCUUUCUGGGAUUUGUUUUGUCAUGGUUCUCUCUCAGUUACGCACAAGGCAAUGGAUAUUUUAAAGAUUCUUUGCAUAGGAUCUAAACCUUAACCUAUCUGUUUCUUUUCUUUACUGAUUCUGGUACUACAGCCACCUGUUUCAUUUAGUAUACAUUCAACAGUGAGCUGUGAUCAUUAUUUUUUAUUCUUGCUUCAAGUUAUUGAAAGAUUGUCAUGUUGUAUUGCAGAUUUGGUCUCUUGAAGCAGCGUAGGACUAACUCUGCAUCAGCUGUUGGAAGUGCUGCAGUCAACCCCAAUCCGAGAUCAAACAGUGCUGUUUACAACAGGCAUCAAACCGUUUUUCCACCGCAGCCGACAUCUUCUAAUGGUCAGCCUCAGCAGCAGCAUGAAGGGCCAAUACCAAUAGCUUUUGCCUACAAGCCCCAAGAUGAGGGUAAGUAACAACUGAUCAGGAUCAAAUAAGUCUUUGUCCCCCCUCCUGAAAAAAAAAAAAAAAAAAGUCCAAAUGGCCAACUGGAUUGCAUGGAUAGCCCAUAGUGAAAAAAAAAAUGUAUCUCUCAAAGAUGGAAGACAGCAGUCAGCUUGGCAUAAAAUAAAGCUUUUGCCCCCCCCCGAAAAAAAAAAAAAAAAAAAAGUCCAAAUGGCCAACUGGAUUGCAUGGAUAGCCCAUAGUGAAAAAAAAAAUGUAUCUCUCAAAGAUGGAAGACAGCAGUCAGCUUGGCAUGAGAUAAAAUGGUCUCUCUAUGCUCUUCUGACACAAUGGGUCAAAGACUACGAGCAAAAACAAAAUAUUUAAUCCAACCUUUACUUUGUGCAUUACAUGUUGUCUGGCACAGAUAUAAUUCUAACCUUUAUCCAUUUAUAUACUGUCUGCCCAAGAAUGCCAAACUCUAACAUCUCUUGGACAAUAAAUUUAAGAUUCAUUAAACCAAUGUUCCCAAACUUUUUAGACAGAAAGCUUUUCAUUAAAUUGACAGUCUUAAAUGAGAAACUUCUGUUGUUGCUAAAUAAAUGUAUGUCAGGAUGAAUUAGAAAAUGUUAAAUGAAUCAUAUUUUUGCAGGUUAUAUGCCACCUAUGUUGUGACUAGUUUUUAAAUUAAUGGAAAUUUUUACAUCAUUUGAAAUUCUAGUUACCAGGUAAUAACAAUAUGGCUUUUAAGUAAAAUGAUGUCGAAUUGCUUGGUAAUAAAAAUAUGGCUUUUAUGUAAAAUGAUGUCAAAUUACCUAGGUAAAAAAAGCUUUUAUAUCAAGCUAUAUUAAUUUUUAUAGAACAAUAUUUUCCCUCAUUCUUGACUUAAUCAGUAUCUGAGAGCACAGCCGCUUUUCUGAUGGCCGAGAGGUUAGCCAAGCAAUCUUUGACAGAGAGCCACAUACAGAUAGCCAUGGAGGAUGCCCAGAACAAACAAGAAGCACACAACCGGUCAAAAAUGAUGGCCGCCAGAGGUAAGCAUUGAGUGAUCCAUUACUUGAUUUACUGUGUAAAUACCUUAGAAAAAAAAUCUUAGAAUUAACAGUAUAAUCUGAAACGACCUCCGAAUUGAAUGGUUUUGUAUUUUAUAGUUGUAUUUUAAAAAAAACAAGACUUGCCUAAUAUUUGAGCAUUGACUUGUUAUAUUUGACCAGUGAUUAGUUAAUAUGUGGACAGCAGAAGAGUCCUUUGUGAAUCAAAUAUUCUUCACUGAUGCCGUUUGUCCACAGACCUUGUACUGCAGGUUACAUUGGAUUAAUGGACCAGAUGGAUCACUUUUAUAUGUUCCAGCUCAGUUUGAACAAAUAAACUCUUUCAAUUGAUUUGAAUGAACUGAUAAUUUUAUUUUCCUUCUAAUUUGUCAUUAAAGUCAUGUCAACCUAUCUGAGCAUAAAUAUUCCAUUUUUAUCUGAGUUGAGUCUCACAUUUAGUCAUGGUCAAAACAUUUACUGUAGAGUAGCCAUUGGAUCUUAUACAUCCAUGUAGUGGUUAUAACUAAAUGGUUAUGUGAUUAGAAUUAGUUUUGUUUAAAAUAACGAUUCAGCCCAUGCUUUUUAAAUUUCAUCUUCAUUGUGCCUACAGGUGGACACAGUGCUUUGUCUAUAGAGGAGCAGAGACUGAUGGAGUCACUGGACAAACUAAAUGAAAGGCUCAAAGGUGAAGCCACCUUGAAUCUGAUCUAGAGAUAUCAAAUUUUUUUUUGGUAUAAAUUGUCAUAACCCUUUUGUUUUUACAGACAUUUAAAUACAAGCCAAGUGUUAUUAUUAUUUGGUCUAGGCUAGGGUGACCAAAUCAUGAACUGGAAAAAAAUGGGACACACCCAAAGAGGGUUUACGGGGAUACCCUCCAGCUAAAGAUGGGUCCGGGGGGGGGGGGGGGGGGGGGGAGCCUUAGCCGGAAACUGUUUAUUGAAAUAUGCUUAUUUUACCUAUUUUGAAACUUAGAAAUCUUUUAAAAUUUACCUUCACUUUUGUAAUUUAAUUUAAACUCUGAGGUAUAUCAUAAACAAAAACAAUAAUUUUGCAGUGAAUACUUAUUUAUUUAUUCAUAUUUUACUACAUAAUCUAUGGCAGGGACACUGUCAUUUAAGCAGCAUUGGGAGAGUGGUGAAGGUGGACAGUGCAGCCAUCACACGAGCCCACACACGACCUACUAGAACUGUACUCUAGUGGGUCAAGGCCCACAUCACUGUUGUCACUGUCUACAAACACAGCUAGCAAAAAAAUUACUUGAAGUUAUAUUAUAAAUUAGAAAGUUUUAGUGAGGUGAAAAUGUGUUUGGUUUUAGAAAUGGGACAUUUAGGCGUCCCUAGAGACUUUUUCAGGACACCGGGUAAGGAUGUGAAAAAAUGGGAACAUCCCGUUUUUACGGGACAUUUGGUCACCCGAGUCUAGGCGCUAUCUGUGUACCGGUAUUUAAAAAUUAAUUUAUUCUAAUUAACUUAAUUGUUACUGUUUUUUUUUAUUUUUCAACCAAGUGUUAUUUAUUUAUAAUUAUAUUUUUAUUUUAUUAAUUUUAAAAUGUAAAGCUCAGAGUGCUACAUGAAAAAAAUAAUUGCAUCGUCACAAAUAAAACUCACAUCAAAGAUAUAAUUUAUUGCGGUUUAAAAAAAAAAAAAAAAAAAAAAACAAACAAUCCCAAUUCAAAAUAAAUUUUUAUUUUAUUAAUUUUAAAAUGUAAAGCUCAGAGUGCUAAAUGAAAAAAAUAAUUGCAUCGUCACAAAUAAAACUCACAUCAAAGAUAUAAUUUAUUGCGGUUUAAAAAAAAAAAAAGAAAAAAAAUCAAACAAUCCCAAUUCAAACUAAAAUUUUUUUAAAUUUAUUAAAUUAAAAGUCAGAUGGCCCAGUUAACGUCUAUAAGGCUAUGGUCAAGAUAUUUCAAAGCAAAGAAUGAUAAUAAAAAAAGUUUAUCUGUCUGUCAUAAAAUAUAACAAAAUACCAGAUGAUUAAUCAUCCACUUUAUGUUCCAGCUGUUGAACCAGGCAAAACCAAUGGAACCAUUCAUUAUCACCAAGCCUAUCAAGCACAGGUGAGUUGAUGGUUUAUAUAGGAUCAAUAUGACAGCUACUACUAAAGUUUUUUUUAGUUGAAAUUAUUUUGUAGAUUGUUACUUGUUUUAAAACUUAACCUGGCAUUUCUUCAGACAUUCUAUCAUUUUGUUUUAAAAAUCAAAGUAAAAAAAUAAAUAUGUCAGGUAAUAAAUAUCAAUUUGUCAACUUAAUGAAACAUUCAUAAACCAAAUUAUAAACUUAAGAAAACGUUCAUAAAUUAAAACUGCACAAUUACAUUCAAAAUAAAAAAAGCUUUUAUAUAUUGUAACCUUUUGUUUGUAUCAAAGUAGUAGUAUUAUGAUGGGGGAACUCAAGGUUUGAUUGAUAUUAUUCUUUAAAAUACUUAUGCCCUCUGUUUUUUUCUCUAAAGAAAUUCUCGUGACACGUAAGAAAUUUUUGUAACUGCACAAACAACCUAAGUGUCUCAUAUCACCAUAUUUUCUCUAACACACAACAUACUUUUGAGUUGCGGGUGCUGAUUAAAAAACUACAUAUCAUUUUUUAGAUGUUCAACCGCCCUUAAUUGAUCAUAAAAACUAUUUUGUUAUACUAAUGUGGGGGUGGAGUAAUUGUCAAGCUAGAAAUAUUGAACUAUUGAAAAAAUCCUUUUUACAUCUUCUUUAACCCUCUUGACAUGGCUGGGGAAAUCUAUCAGCCCUGAGUGUUAUGGUGAAAAAGUUGAAAGACCGAUCAAUCAGCACAAUAAUAAAAGCUUUGAGAUUGGCUGGCUGGUCUUCGUGCCAGCUAAUCAAAUUGUUUCUUGCAUUUCUUGCUCACCUCGCCAUUGAUAUUAUAUAGUGUUUUGUCUUUUUAUAUCAAAUUUAUUUUACCUAAUAACCCCUAUAAGUCCUUAGAAUAUAUGUGCCCAUGAAAUAUGCCAAAAGGCAUAAGCAGUCCCAGGUGGGGGAAUAUUGUAUGUACUUUUUCCCAUUGAAUCUCAUUCAGACGUUCAUUAGGACUUAUUUAGGCUUCAACAAUCAUAAAAUUUAACAAAAUUCUGCAAGUAAGACACAUUUAUUCCAAGUGUAAAAAAAAAAAAAAAAAUUGUAUGCAUAAAAGAUUUCAAUCAAGAUAUCACAUUUUUAUAAAUGUUGAGAUUUGAUCUUGAUUCAUAAAGAUCGUAUUAGUUCAUUAGGACUUAUUUAGGCUUCAACAAUCAUAAAAUUUAACAAAAUUCUGCAAGUAAGACACAUUUAUUCCAAGUGUAAAAAAAAAAAAAAAAAAUUGUAUGCAUAAAAGAUGUCAAUCAAGAUAUCACAUUUUUAUAAAUGUUGAGAUUUGAUCUUGAUUCAUAAAGAUCGUAUUAGUUCAUUCAAUUCCCCUAAAGAAAAUAUAGGCCCUAUAGUAUUAUUUGUAAAGUAAUUAGUUCAUUUUUUAUAAAUUUUUUGCAAAGUAAGUGUAGGGCUCCAUCUUCUUGGCACAGUCAAUCGAAAAAGGCUCAGUCUCAAGAGGGUUAACUACUACUACUUAGUAUAACUAUAACCAAUUAUUAACCAUACAAAGAGGCAAUUGGGAAGUCAAGGUCAUGUAGAACUAAAGAAGUUAAUGACUUAGCAUAGAGGUGUAAAUCUUAUAGGUUGGCUUUUGGUCAUUGUCCACCAGGCUAGUGCUAUUUUCAAGUCACUGUACAAUUAUUCUCCACUGUGCUAGUAGUGCUAGUGCCCAGUUACAAUUAUCAACAUUAACAGUACAGCUGAUGUUGGAACAACUAAAAAUAUUUUUUUGGUAAUAAUGGAAAGCCUACAGAUUGGGAACAUAAUCUCACCCUGUGCUGUAAAAAUUGAGGAUAAAAAUUAGACCAUUUUUUAAAACAACAACUUUGCCAUUGAGAGGCAAUGCCAAUGACUUAAAUUAUAUGGACUUAAAUAUUGAAAACAUCUUACUGAUCAUCCUUAAACAGUGAGUGGAUAUUUAAACAAUUAAUUAAAUACAAUUUUUAAAAAAAUUUGAGAGAAUCAUAAGAUAUUUUACUUCCAUGAUAGUUUCCUAAAUUCAUGAUAGGGUUGCACACUGUAUAUAAAACUGUGUUCAAAGUAUGUUAGUGCUCUGUUGUAACUAUCUUUCCUUGUGCAUAGAUAGCUUUGUAACACAUAACACAUGUGUUAAGCAUCAAGAGCCCCCAUUUUUCCCUUUUGCUUUUUUUUCUGUUAGACAAAGCUACUGAUAUUUUUGUUUGGAAAAAAAUCAUUUAUAUAAGCUUACAACCAAAUGGUUCUCGCUAUUUUAUUAAAGGAUAUAUGUAAAGUAUAUUAUUGUGGAAAAUUAUUUAAAAUUUAACUUCUUUGCUUUCUACGCGUCUUUAUCAUUAAGUUAAUAUUGCUUUAUUAGCUUUUUAGAAACAUAAAUAUAAUGAUUUUUGGUGCCGUAGAUAUGUUGUAAUUUUGAAAGUAAAUGAUUUACCUUUUAUUUAUCAAAAUUUAUUGCUUGAGACAAUCAGCAAAUUUUUAAGUUUAAGAAUAAUUUAAAAACUGAGUAAAUUGAGUCUUUUGUUGUUAAUAAAUCAGAAUCAUUAUGUUAUGAGUAUGAACCCUGAAGAGAAUUUUGAGAGGUAAAUUUAUCUUUGCUCUAUGUCAGUCUGUAAUAUUUUUUUUGUAACUUUGAACUAUUUCUUUUAGCUGUCAGGAUUUCGAAGUCAAACAGCAAUCAAUGACGGCAGACGACUCACAGCAACAUCGCCGAGGACACAACAACGAUCCCAGUCAGCACGGAUCAGACAGCAGACUCGACAGUACAGAUGAACUGCGACAAUUUAGACACAAAGCUUUCUUUCAAACUGCUUACAAAUGUCCAUGUUGAACCUCACUGGAUCAAGGUCACAAGUUCUGGUUAUGAAACAAACAUUUCAAGCUUUACUUCAAGUGAUACCAAGUGAAUGACUGUAUAGAAGUAAAUUCAAGCAGUCUGUAAAACAUGUUAAGAGAAAACAUGUGAAGAUAAAACAUGCAAAAUGAAAUGUUUUGAUUGACUAAAUGUAACAUUACCUCACCAAGCAAUGAUCUCAUCAGUAAAUUUUAAAAAACAACAUAAUAGAUCAUUGGCAUUGUUUAAAAAUAAUUUAUAAAAAAUAAUACUGUAAAAAUUCAUAUUUACCAGUGCCAUCUGUGAAAUCAAUUAUCUUAAAGCUUUACUUUUUCAUUAAUUUUUUGAGUAAGAAAAAACUCUAAUAAAUUAAUCCAAAGAAAAAGUAUUUGAAUUUUUAUGAGUUACAUGAAUGUUUUCAUCACACACAACUAUUUCGUUUAUCAAAGUUCAAAGCAAAAAAUAAUUUUUUCUCAUCCUUUUCAUGUUUUGCAAUGGUGAGAAAAUUUUCUAUUUGUGCUUCACUUUGUGCCAUUAAGUCAACAGUCUUCGUUGAAAAUAAUGCAUUUGAAUUACAUACAAAAAUUUGCCUUGGUAUGAGUCCUGGAGGAAACUGUCUCAAAUCAUUUUUCGUUUCUUCUUAUGGAUGCUGAUAUAAUUAAAUGAAUCUGUGUUAAAAUGGCAUGUGAUGAAAAAAUUAAAAUUUGGCAGUAGUCUGUUACACAUCACUUUUGGUGAGCAUGGUAUUUUCCUCUGUUAGAUUUACCUCUUUAAAGCUCAUAGACACAUUUCAUUAAGAUUACAGACUUGAAUUUAUAGAAAUUUAAAAAUUUUGCACUUUUGGUCCAGGUGUAUGAGAAGAGGUAUCACAGUUGUUCAUAUUUGAAGCAGAUGAAAAAAUUUUGAGAAUUUACUAAUACAAUAAUGAACUCAAUCAAAUCUCUUUUUUUUUUCCAAAAUUAAUUUGGGCUUAAAAUUAAGUGUAACAUUGCCACAAGAAAUAAUGGGUUAUUUGUCAGAUUUUAUUUGCUGGAAAUUGAGACAUGUCUGACUGAAACUGACUGACCGAUUUGGUUCAGGGACAUGUCAGUUUUUGGUCACUAAACUGACAGACCAAUUUGGUCUAGUGACGCACCGAGACAGGGGACUGUAAAAACUGACACGCCAAAUUUGGUGCAAAAUUAUCUUUAUGAAAAAUUCUAACCUGGGGGACAUCAGUUUAUCACUUCCAUUGACUAUGAAAAUUGACAUUCCAAUAUUCUUAGUUCAGCACUUCCUUUAGGAGCAAAAAUACUUAGUAUUCCAAAUUCCGUAUUUAUGAUUUAUUUAAAAUUAUUUUUAUUAACAUUCCGUCCAUUUACUCAUGUUAUUUUCUCAUGUUUUUGUAUAUAAUUAUCUCUCCAUUCCUAUUUAUUUAAACCAAAAACGACCACUUAUUAUAUUAAAGUUAAAUUAAAAGGUUUUCAGUAAGUCACAACUGAUGUAAGCUUUUAUACAAAGCUAAAGUUAUUAUAUAUUUUGUAACUUCUUUUACUUAAUGAAUAUUAGUAAUAAGUUAUCCAUCAUUUUAAUUCUAUAAACUCAACACACACCUGACAACAGUCUUGGUAAAUCAAGUCUCUACUCUCCAUGAAUUUACCCCAUUCCAGCGGGUGAUGUCUUGUUUUCUUCAUUCUAAUUUUUAAACUUGAAUCAUUCAGUUAUAUACUGAAAACCUUUUAAUAUUUUAUAUUCCAUUGUUACAGCCAGCAUGUGACAUACAGCAUUAGCUGGGUGCUGAAGGGAUAAAUCUUUAUAGAAUGAAACCCGUUUUUAUGAUUCAAUACAGUUUUAUUUUACACUGUUUACUGAGAAUUUCAGCAAGUGUUUAUACAACUUUUUAAUAGAGGCAUUUUAUUUUUAUAACAAAUUUUUUUUUUAAAUUACUUUUUUUUUCAUUGAUCAAUAGUUAAUUUUAAACUGGACAAAAUUAAUUAUAAACUGUAUUUUUUUUUUAAUAGCUAACAUUUUAUGAUGGUAAAAAAAAUAAAAAAAAUCACCAUGAUUUUAAUUGAUAACUUCUUAUUUGGUAUUGACUGGGUUAAUGUUACUUAUGACUAAAGACAGCAAAAAAAAAUUUCAAGUAAUCAAUUUUGCAUUUACGAACAUUAAAUGUGAUAAGGCUGAUAUAUUUAUUAUUUGAAUAAAUUUUUUGGAAAUUUUUUUACCUCAUUGUAUGAAAAAGCAUUGAAAAUUCUCAAUAUUUAUGCAGUGGCCUACCUUUACUAAAAAGCUUUCCCCCCCCCCACCCC